AUGAUUCACGAUUAUAAUCAAACAAAAUUUGGUGUUGAUGUGGUCGAUCAAUGUAUUAACAAUUACACUUGUCGUCGAAUAACUCGCAGAUGGCCAAUGAUAGUAUUUUUUAAUAUGAUUGAUAUAGCGGCAAUAAAUUCCUUGAAUAUUUGGCUAGAUCAAAAUCCAGAUUGGAACGUUGGGAAAAAAUAUUUUCGGCGCCUUUUUUUAGAAGAAUUAAGCAAAUCAUUAACUGAUUCUCGUAAUCAACGACGCGUCAAACAACCUCGACUUGCACCAAAAGUUAAACUUGCACUUCAAUCUUUUGGAUAUGAAUUGAAAACCGAAAAUUUAAUGGUUCAAGAUAAUAUUGAUAAUCUUGUUAAAACAAAAAAAAGAUGCUUUCUUUGUCCAUCUCAUCCUGGUCGUAAAGUCAGACAAAUUUGUGACGCAUGUCAAAAGAAUGUUUGUAAUUCACAUUCUGUUAGUAUCACAUCAGUGAUUUGCCAGUCGUGCAAGAAAAAUACGUCGUCAAAAUGA